CAGCAUUUGUAUAGCGGCUUGAACGAGCCUAAUUCCUCCAGGAAAAACAACUGAUAAGUCAAGAUGCCUGUUCCUCAAAAGCAUCUCGCGGUAGAGGAGACCGAUAUUGAUGGCGAUGAUGACCAUGUUGAUGGCGAUGAUGACCACGUUGAUGGUGAUGAAGCCCAUAGGCAUAGUGACAGGCGGAGUGAUGGAGGAGAGGGAAGCCUUAGUGGUGACGAGAGUCUGAGCCAGCCUGAAUCCGGUGAAGCUGCGAUGUCUGAGGUCAAAGACAAUAUUGAUGAGUUGGACGAAGCACCUGAGACAGACAAGGUGUUCAUCAAAGCUUUCUUGGAUGAUGGGGUCAUACAGAGUCUAAUGAAGGUGCAUGACCGUCUGGAGGACAACACUCUCCAGCCGGAGGGAAACGAUACUCUUGACGUCCUGAAGGACGCACUCGCAGAAAUGGAGGACAAUGAGGAAGAUCAGGUGAUCGAGCUCCGCAAGAUACUCUCCAAUAUUUACAUACAGUCGAUGAUGCAUGCCCAUGAUGACAUCGCCUCUAAAAGCUUCGAACCACUCCCAGAGGUCUUUCCAACUGUUGCUGCGACUACAGAAGUUGAGCCUGCCACGUUAAGCGCGCCGGCCGAUGCCAUCAGGAUGGUUGGAAUACGAAAGGCAGCUGACGAACCUUUGGGAAUAACCGUACGUCUUUCAAACAACAACGAAUUAGUAAUCGCGAGGAUACUCGUAAACGGCUCAAUUUAUAAGCAAGGUCUCCUUCAUGUUGGCGACUUGAUCAAAGAGGUGAACGGGCAGCCUGUGUCAACAACCGAACAACUCCAGGACUUGAUGCGCAAGUCAGAAGGCAGCAUUACACUCAAGGUCGUGCCAAGUUAUAGUGAUGAACCUAUCGUCGAACAGGUUUUCAUGCGUACUCACUUCAACUUUGACCCAUCAAAGGAUAACAUAAUUCCGUGCAAGGAAGCUGGCCUGCCAUUCCGGGAGGGCGACAUUCUGCAGAUUCUGAAUCGUAAAGACCCCACUUGGUGGCAGGCAAUGAGGGUUGACGACGACACCAGAGCAGGGUUGAUUCCAUCGCAGGAACUCGAGGAGAAACGGAAGUCAUUUGUUAAGCAUGAUUAUGAUUAUACCUCCAAGUCACUGUUUUGUGGUAUGACCAAACGCCGAAAGAAGAAACACAUGUACACUGCGAAGAAAAACUCUGAGCUUGACGGCAAUGAGCUGAUGAUUUACGAAGAGGUCGCCCGUCUGCCUCCAUUUCAGCGCCAGUCCUUGGUUCUUGUUGGUGCACCUGGUGUUGGACGAAGGUCACUCAAAAAUAUGUUGAUUGAAGUCAGCCCUAAGACGUUUGGUCCAGUUAUUCCACAUACAUCCCGUCCACCAAAAGACGAUGAAGAAGAUGGCGUCACCUACAACUAUUCGGAACGUGGCGAAAUGCUACGGGAUAUCCGUGAGGAUAAGUAUUUAGAGCACGGCGAAUAUAACGGUAACUUGUACGGUGUACGGUUGGCGACCAUCAAAGAUACGAUUAUGGAGGGGAAGAUUCCGAUUAUUGACUGCAACCCUCAGGCCAUCAAAUCAAUAAAGACCGGAGAAUUCAAACCCUACGUUGUCUUCAUUGCCGCGCCAAGUGUGGAGAUCCUACGAAAUAUGUACGAGCUUGGCCGGGUCGAAGGAUGGACUACAAAAUCUUACACGGAGAGAGAUUUCAUAAGAACAGUUGAGGAGAGCGCCAGGAUCGAACGCGCCUACCGCCACCAUUUUGAUUGCAUCAUCGUCAACGACAAUAUGGAGGAGACAUAUCGAACCUUGAUUGAAAACUUUGAAGCCAUGUCGAUUGAAGAUCAAUGGGUGCCGAUUUCUUGGGUGUACGACCACCAACAAUAAACUAUUUUCAUUUCAACUUAUUUUGUGUUUGAAAUCUUAUACACUUCCUUUAGGUGGUCAAUGGCUGUGUCGGGUCGAGUUGAGUUGAUAUCUAUUCCUACUUAAUGUGUGUAUGUACACUCUCUUGGACGGUUUAUAACUGUAACAAGUCUAAUGUAUUGUAAUGACAUCAUAUCGCCCGUUUUCAUCCCUUAAAAUGCUGUAUAAAAUUGGCACUAUGACUAAUAUACCACUUGCUUUUAAAAUGGCAUGUGUUUUUUUGAAAAGGAUCAUAUUUUUUUAAAUCAAUAUGCAUAUCAUUGUGUUAUUGCAACUUCUGCCAAUUUAGGACUAUUUUUACUAUAUUUCAUAUAUUCGGUACAAAUUGUCAAAGUGUUGCAUAGGUGAUGCAACACGCACCAAAGAAGGGAUUUAGAUUAAAGUGAUUGAAACAGUUCCGGAUAAUGAUCACAUUCAUAAGAAAAAUAUAUUUGGAGUUUUUUAAAUGCUUGAUGAGAAAAAGUAGUUUUUGCUAUAAGCUAAAUUGGAUCACAUGUACAUAUCAGCGGCGAAGUGAUGAAUUUGUAUGAGUUGUUUCAGUGAACUUGGUUGAAAUGUAUCUGUACAAGUCGGCUUUAUUUCUACAUUUGCCUUCUCAUCGCGACAUAUCUUGAAUCGAUUACUGUACACCAGGAAAUAUUUGCGGCAAUUGUAGUUGGCGGUUUUGUGAAAUUGCAUACUUUGGCGUAGUUUUGAUUGAAACGUACAUGAAUUUUCCAAGUGUGCAGUAUAUCUUGUUUAUUAUUUUGAAUGAUAUUUGUAUGUAGGCAUGCUUAUUCAAUGUAUAUAAUUGUGCAAUACUUCAUGAGAAAGCUUCAAUGGUUGGUAGAUUUAGUUUAUUUUAGCGGCAAAUCAUCCGAUUAUAAUCCUAUGCUUUUUAGACAAUUUACCAAGUUUGGAUACUUGCUACUACACAAUUUUGGUGUGCCCCGAAUUAUUUUUGUCAGGAUAGAAUGUGGAUGAGUUACAUGUUGUUAACGUUUGAAAAUCCGUCUAAAGUUUUGAUGUUGCGUCCGUCCCUUUGAUCCUGAACCCUGUAACUUUGUUGCUAUCUGUAAUGUCAACGGUAAGAUUUGCAAAAUCCGUGAAAAUAAAACUCCUUUCGCAGUUCGCAAUAUUUUAGGAUGUUGAUGUUUAUAGUGUGUUUUCUUGGUUUAUCCUAUUGUUUACAUUUUGAAACCUGUGCUACAAAGGCAUUUUUGUUUUUAAAAAAAGGAAAACUUGAAUUUUUUUAGAAAUGUCUGUCACGAAGUUCAGGCUUGCCACAAUCAUUUGUUGAAGGUUUGUAUUUACUGGAUUUUUACUGGACAAUGGGAACAAUUUACAGAUCAUGCAAAUUGAAAUGGGGGAAUUGUUAAACUUUAUUUUGCGUGUCAUCUAAAAUCAAUCGAGUUUCAUUGUGUUUUUUUGUACCAAACAUUAGCUACAUUCCUCCCCAGUUGUAUCGGGCAUUCCAGAUUGUAAUAUUUCAAAUUCUUUAACCGCUGUAACCCCUUAGAAUAUUGCAGAUGAGGUAUCCCCUAGCAGUGUAUUACUUAUAGUCAAUCUAGUUUAAUAAUGUAGAAAAACAUAUCAAUUUUAAAAAGAAACUUUGGAGUCUCCUCUCAUAGAUUUCUUGUCAAUAAUUCACAGAUAAAAUUUUGAAUAACAAUUUCAAUUUUGUAUUAGCUUUGCAACAUGUCAGUGCUUGAAGCCUUGGCUUGAAGCCUUGCCUGUUGCCAUCAGCUUUUUCACAGUUUUGUAAAUUCACUGAUCUCAUUCAAAAUGGGACCACCAAUCCAAGGUUUCAGAGAUGAUAAUAUCAGCCAGAAAUCCAGUGAUUUAGGAUAAGGUUUUAUUGUAUCCAGGAUGUUUUGGUUUCCCUGGGUGCACUCCUGAGGUCACAAACCUGCAUUCAAUUUUAGUACCCAUUUCCAGCCGAGGUACGUGUAUGGUAACCUGUAUUGACUCACAAGAAUUUGAGCUUGUUGUGUAUGCACCAACUAAAUCACUGAUUAUGCCGGUUAUGGGCAAGUCCACUGUGUCACAGAACAGGUUUAUUUGAUUUGAUGAACCAGUGUGUAAAUGCAGACAGUAUUGUAUAAGGUGUCACCAAAAAAACAUGCCAAUUAUCUUUCUGUGUUGUCCUCUUUACUUGUACGUAGACGUUUGGGUUAAAAUUAUUACAAUCCCCGAUCGGAAAUGACGUAGUUUGAUCGCAUUCCGACGUUUGUUUAUCCUUGAAGUUUGGUGAUGUUCGACUUAAAAUUAUGAAGUUUGCUGGAUUUAUUUGUUGAUUGCGAAAUGGCCGUUUGUCGCAACUGUAUUAAACUUUUAUUGGCCACCUUUAAGAAAUCCAUGCUGCUAUUGAUUGCAGGUAUGCGACUUGAACAUGUAUUUGUACUCCUGCUGUUGCCGGUAUUGCGACAACAUACAUUCUAAAUGAAAAUAUAUAUGAUAUUAUACAA